GUCUGCCUUUGCUCUAGCCCCGCCCACUCACACCUGAUCCUCAUGUUUCUUCCCCAGGUGUUUCUUGUUUUACCUCAUUGGUUCUUCUUUUAURUUCUGUCCUUUGUCCUCAGUCUUUGUCAGAUCCUUGUUCUCUGUUUACUGGUUGUCUCAUGCCAAGCCAAGAAUCUUGUUUGCUGCCACGUCAGCGCUUUUGUUUUUGUUGCUUUAAUAAACCUUUUUUGCCACCCUCACUCAGUCUUGCAUCCUGGGGUUCAAACCAACUAAGCUCAACCGUAACAGAAGGAUCUGACCACACCUGAACCCCAGCAGACUGAGGUGAAUUUUCAUUUUUUAUUUUUGGUUCCUGCACCAGGAGGGAUCAUGGAGAAUUUUUUUCAUGUGGUGGCUCUGAGUCUGACUGCACUCCUCAGGCUGGUAUCCUGAGAGUGGUGGAGAGGAUGCAGCGCGAGCUGGCUGUCCUGAAGGGACUUUUUUCAUCAGGGUGUUCUUCAGAGAUGGCGGCGCUGGGGGUUUCUGGGGCCCACCCUCCCCACCCCAUUGAUUCUGGUCCUCAUGCUUCAGUUCCUGCUCUGGUUCCUGUGGGCCCUCCUGCCCUGGUUCCUGUGGGCCCUCCUGCCCUGGUUCCUGUGGGCCCUCCAGCUCUGCUUCCUGUUGGGUCUUUUGCUGAGCCCUCUGCUCCUGAGGUUCCUGGUUCGGCUGCCGUCGCCUCCACGUCGCCUGGUUCAGCUGCCGUCGCCUCUUUGUCUCCUCUGUCGUCUUUGGUCACCAUCGCCAAGGUUCUGGCUCCCUCAACCUCUGCCGGUUCCUCAUUGGCUCCUGACUCCUCCCUUGGCUCCACGUCUACUCCUGCCUCCUCCCUUGGCUCCACGUCUACUCCUGCCUCCUCCCUCUGGCUCUGCUCAGCUCCUGUGGCCUCAUCGGACGUGGAGUGGAGAUCUCCAGGACGUCCUCCUGACUUUGGCCUCUGCGGCAGAGCGGUUCAUGGUCAUCCACCAGAAUUGGGCGUCAUCAUUGUUGCUGGGUGACAUGACGCACGCCGGGGUGGAGGGGAGGCUAGACCGUCCAAAUUCACUGCCUCUUUUUUUCCGGUCUUCCCGGUCUACCAAGGACCC